UUUUGCUUUUAUAUUGGGUAUAUUUGCUUUGCUUCUCUUUCCCUUGGCUGCUAACUGGAGAAACAUAUUCAGUUUCCGUUUUCCCUUUCUUGUUCAGUCAACCACCAUCUCCAACUAUGGCUGAUGCUCUUGUUUCUGCAGUGCUGGGGCAGUUGGUUUCAGUCAUGCAGCAGGAGAUCGAAAAUGAAGUGAGGCUGGUUGUGGGCGUCGAAGAGCAGGUCCAAAUGCUCACCUCCAUCCUCGAGGCCAUCGGAGCCCUUCUCACAGAUGCCGAGAAGAGACAAGUCCAUGAAGAAGGGGUGAGACUCUGGCUAGAGAAGCUCAAGGACGUAGCCUACGAUGCAGAGGACGUGUUGGAUGAGUGGAGGACUGCGAUUCUCCAAUUACAACUUGGUGAAAAAGCUGAAACUGCUCCAAAUGUUCCCAGGAAGAAGGUAUGCUGCAAAAUUCCUUCCCCUGGUUUUUGUUUCAGUCGAGUUGUUCUGCGUCGUGACAUAGCCCUCAAGAUCAAAGACAUAAAUGGUAGGCUGGAUGCCAUUUCUAAAGAGAAAGAUAGGUACAGUUUCAUCCCUAAAUCCACAAGGGUUGUCGCUGAAGAACCCGCGCGACAGAGAUCUGCAUCUUUUGUCGAUGUAUCGAGAAUAAAAGGUCGAGAUCUAGACAAGGACGUUAUAGUGGGGAAGUUGUUGGGUGAGAGCAGUCAGGCAGAUAAGGGUCCCCAACUCAUUUCCUUGGUGGGCAUGGGGGGGAUGGGGAAGACGACGCUUGCUCAAUUAGCCUACAAUGAUGAGGCAGUGAUGAGUCAUUUUGAGAAGAAGAUUUGGGUGUGCGUGUCAGAUCCCUUUGAUGAGGUAAGGAUUGCUCAUGCAAUUCUUAAGGCUCUGGACGAAGAGAGUGGCUUGAAAGUGGGUUAUGCUAGUUCUCUUGACUGGGAAGGUUUGCCACAGCGCAUUCACAAAUCUAUCAUGGGAAAGAGGUUUCUUCUUGUGCUAGAUGAUGUGUGGACUGAGGACUACAGGAAGUGGGAACCACUGGAACACUCUCUCAGCGAUGGCGGCCGGGGUAGUAGAAUCUUGGUGACUACACGCAGCGAGAGGGUUGCGAAGAUGAUGGGAAGCUCCUGCGUGCAUUCCUUGAAGGCAUUGUCGGACGAGGAGUGUUGGUUGGUGUUUAGUCAGAUAGCAUUCUUCGGGAGGAGUAAGAAGGAUUCUGAGAAACUAGAAAAAAUUGGGAGGGAAAUAGCAAACAAGUGCAAGGGCUUGCCCCUUGCUGCAAAGACUUUGGGAAGUCUCAUGCGCUUGAAAGACAAUAGAGAAGAUUGGCAGCAUGUUUUGGGCAGUGAAAUAUGGCAGCUGGAAGUUGUUGAAAAACAUCUUUCCCCUGCUUUGCUGUUGAGUUAUGAUGAUUUGUCUCCUGCAAUGAAACGUUGCUUCUCAUAUUGUGCCAUCUUUCCAAAAGAUUGCGAGAUUGAGAGGGACAAUUUGAUUCAACUGUGGAUGGCACAAGGUUUUCUUGGCAUGGAAGGAAGUUUGGAGAUGGAGAGAACCGGCGAAGAUUACUUCCAAAACUUGGCAAUGCGCUCUUUCUUCCAGGAUUUUGAAAAAGAUUCGUCUGGCGGAAUAAUCUUAUGCAAGAUGCACGAUCUAGUGCAUGACUUCGCUCAAUUCCUUACAAAGAAUGAAUGUGUUAUUGUGGAUGCCAAUGGCAAAGAACAGCUCAAGAUGGACUUGUCUUGUGGAAAAGCCCGUCAUUUAACGGUAGAAUGUGAAGCAAUGGCCCCAUUUCGUUCCUCCAAUUACAACACCAAAAAACUACGCACCCUCUUGCUAACCUUCUCAAGAAUGUUCAUAGCCCCAUGUGAUCCGUUUGAUCAUAUGGCAUUUGUUCGGGCAUUAGAUUUGAGUGGUAAUGCAAUUGAAGUUCCACUCGAAGUAGGGAGAUUGAUACAUUUGAGGUACCUAAACUUAUCCAAUAAUUUAUUUGAAGUUUUGCCAGAAACAUUAUGCAACUUGUGUAAUUUGCAAACCUUGAACCUCAAUUGGUGUCCGGAUCUGAAAAAGCUACCUCAAGGAAUUGGGAAUCUAGUUAACUUGAGACAUCUUCAGAUUUUGAAAACUGAAAGUCUAAGAGUGUUGCCGAAAGGCAUCGGUGGGUUAAUCUCCCUUCGGACAUUAGAAGGUUUCUGUGUCGGUUCUGGUGAUGAUAGUGAAGCAUGUAAGAUUGGAUAUCUGAGAAAUCUGAACAACCUUCGAGGGAGCCUUGAAAUAAGUGGGUUGAAAAAUGUGGUAAAAGCAUGGGAAGCUGAGAAAGCAGAACUGAAAAAGAAGAAUGGCCUCCACUAUUUGAAAUUGAAAUUCUCUGGAGAGGGUGAGGAUGAAAUUAAGGAUUAUGAGGUACUUAAAGCCUUACAGCCACCCCCAGACUUGGAAUCUUUAGUGAUAUCUUUUUAUGGAGGCACCCGGAUACCCAACUGGAUUACCUCAUUGACUAACCUGCGAGGACUUAACAUCAAAGGCUGUAAGAACUGUGCGUGUUUGCCUCCUCUCGGGAUAUUGCCAUCACUUGAAUUACUUAUUAUACAGGGCAUGGCUAUUUUGAAGAAGGUGGGUCUUGAGUUUUUAGGAAUACAGAUUGAUGAUGAUGACAGACAAGAGAAAGGUGCUGACGGCACAAUUGUGUUUCCAAAGUUGAAGGAACUCGGCUUUAGUGGCAUGGACGAAUGGGAAGAGUGGGAUGUGGGAACAAGAUUGGGCAAAGAAAUAGAUAUGAAGGUAAUGCCAUGUCUUACGUCACUAAAAGUUGAAGACUGUCCCAAGCUAAAGGCACUGCCGCGCUACCUUCAGUUGACCACACUAAAGGAAUUGGACAUUAGUGGGUGCCCUAUUUUGGAAGAAGACAACCUAGAAGAGCCAAGUUCUGAACUAUAACUACUCUUGACAAAGCCAACAGUUAUGGCUUGGCUAUGACUACUGUUGUGGUCCAUCAUUGAAACUAGUCGCUGAAGCAGUGCUGCAAUUGGUUUCUGGGCUUUGGAAAUUGUCAAUUUCUUCAGGAUAAAGCUUCCUUUUCUUCUACUUCAAUUUUGAUUUGGUUCUGAUCGUUUACAUCACAGAAGCACAGGGGCAUUUGGCGUUUUAAAUUCCAUGAAAACUAAAUUGUAUAAACAGUAUUUAGUUUUCCCGGGCAGUAGUGUUUGAAUUUCCUAUCAAGAGGGGCAUUGUGUGCCAAGAAAUGGAAAUAAUAUUUUUCCAAGAUACGUAAUUGUGAUCCUUAAUUGCAAACUUGUUGCUGAAAAAACAUGAUUUUCUUUGCUGUAAAAAACAAUGAAGCUAAUGUUUUGCAGCAUCAUUCACCAUGAACCAUUGGCGGAGAACUCUACACUCUCAAGUUAUGGAGAAUGAUGGACUGACUGAGGGUGCACCAAGGAGCAAUAUUGAAAACAAUAAAAGUUAAAGGAAGAGAGAAGUAACUGAAAAAAGGAACAAAGAAGUAGAAGAAGAAGGGAGGAAGAGGAAUAGAGAGAAACAGGAAGAAGAAUGAUAGAUGCAAAACAUGGGCUUUGCAAAAUUUCAUCAAACGACAGGUAACUUCUUUCCUUUUUAGCUUGUCUUCAUCAUUAUGUAAUUGAAUUAUGGACCCUUAUCAUAAUUGAAUUAUGGACCCUUAUCAGCUUUGUUACUCGAUAAAACCCAUCGACAAAAUAUAAUCCAUUCUUAGUCUC